AGAAGCCUGGCACCUGUCCACCUGUCAACCCAGGCAUCCCCAUGCUGGGUGUCUGCACCAACCAGUGCAAGACUGACUCCAACUGCUCCGGGAACCAGAAGUGUUGCAGGAACGGCUGUGGCAAGGUCUCCUGCGUGACGCCCCUCCACUGA